CUUAGUCAUAUGUGGUAUUUCUCUCCAGAGUUCAAAACAGAUUUCAUGUUUAAAUCUUCAACUUACAGUGAUAAUAACUUGGUUUUGUAUCUAUUUUUAGGCAGUCAAACUAAGAAACAUCAUGACAUAUUUGACCUUCGUUACUGGACUUGCAAUUCUGGUUGCAAUACAAUGUACAUCCGUCAAUACAUGUAGUUAUCCACAACAAUACAAGAGCGGUAAGCAUACGUGUUGGGGUACGCGGAUACGUACAAACGGAUGGACGGACGAAUGGACGGACAAAUAGAAUAGAAUAGAAUGCGGAUAGUGGAAAAAAUGAAUAAAAUGCUGAUAGCGCAAUGGAAUGCACAGUACAAUAGUUUGUUUAAUGAAAACCAUUCAAAUAAAAAGCAAUAACUUUCACAAUGUUUGGAUGAUGCGGAAUAGAAUAGAAUAGUAAUACGUUCAAAUCAUAAUAGCGUUUACAACUGCGCUACAUAUACUGUAUUCUAUCAAUAACAUGAAAGCAUUGACGACACAAAGUGCCUGCAUGAUCGUGAUAUUUAAUGUCGAUAACUCUAAAUUGUGAAUCCGGAAAGCACCAUAUUCAAUUCUUAUAUUAUAGACUCAGCAAGAUUCGUUCGUGUUGGGUUCGUCUACAUAGCCGUUUUCCUUUCUAAUUGCCUUAGCAAUUUUCCCUUUUUUCGGGAGACAAAAUUCACAGACUAACACGGUGAUGAAUUUCCGCGGGAUCGGCAAUUUGAAAUGCAUGAUGGUUUUAUUUUAGAUUAGAUAUUUGCACUCAGCUAAACGCAGGCAAAUCGUUCUAGAUCUCUGACUGAAAACAUUUUGCAAGACUGCAACAUAAUAAUAGAAGAAAAUACUCAGCACAACAUACAAUUGGUUAGCUCAAAGUAACGAAAAGCAAUUGAUAUUUACAAGUUUAACUGAACUAAGUUGACUUGAUAGAGUAAAACGGGUAGUGUUGCGCAUAGAUAAUUGUAUUUCUUAAUAUUUCAUGCUGGUUGCUCAUGCGUAUGAUAAACGUGGCAUUCAGCAAUUGGCUACAAUGAUCGGCUUUUCAAUCAAGUCGACUUGGCAAUAUUGCAGGUCAAACAAGGUUUAACGUCAUUCUAGUUGUUGGCAGUUAAAUUUAUACACCAGAUUGCCGUAAAAAUGUGUCGUUUUCAAGGAAAAGUAGCGGUGUCACCCAAGGAUGGAAAAUUUGCAUCCUAGAGGUAAAUUAAGGCUGCUCUUCAAACGAACUCAAAAAGAACGAACCCAGCUGAAGCUAAAAAAGUUGGAUAUUAUGCUUUUUGGAUUCGUGAUAGUUUUGAGUUAACAACAUUAAAUAUGAGGCAGUUUAUGGCGUGAAUGGUUUGAUGUUUUUCGACCUGAUGACAAGAGAAACAGUAUGUAGGGCAGUCGAAACUGCUAUUAUGAUUUAUAACGCAUUUUCUAUCAGGAACAGCAACGCCCGUCACGUUAUUUUAAUGUGUUUGUUAACCAAACUAGUGUAUUAUACAUUUUAUUGCGCCAUCUGCAUUUUAUUCUUUCUGUCAGCAAUCCGUAUUUUAUUCUUUUUGUCCGUCAGUCCGUCGAUUUGUUCAUCCGUAUCUGCCUUUUAUCUAAACCAGCAAGCAUCUCCAAGACUUGUUUGAUAUAAUGAAUUGCUCAAUGUUGCUUAUAUUUGCUCAUUAUCAAUUUUAUGCGACAAUCGUCUCCGUAAUGCCACACCGGCAUCGCAGUGCCUGCCAAAAUUUACAAACCCCCAAAGCAGCGUUGUUGACAUACGAUAUCGAGAAUUAUCAAGGUCGAGGUUUGUGUUAUUUACCAAAGCCGUAGGUUGAGGUGGAUAAGACCAACAGCGAGGCUUUGAUAAUUCUCGAUAUCAUACGAAAAGCGAGUUCAAUAAUUGUUUUAUUAUGUAUUCAAUAGCUGAUAAAAAUUCAACAUAAAUAGGCAAUAAUAAACAGGCUUAAAAACACUUGAUUAUUAUCUAUUAAUUUUUAUCCAACUUCUAGCUAGGCUGGAUUACCAGCUGUUACUCAAGUCGGACCCCUCAGGGGACCUUCCCGAAUGCCGGCUGGUAAUCGAGCCUAACUUCUGGCAUGCUAUUGUGCGUUAACUAUUCUGUGUAUGAACGUAAUUUGUUUAUAGUCAUAUAGCUCACGCUUUUGGCUGUUGAAUGACGUAUUUUUCACCUAUUAUAGAAAAAAAAUGAAUACGAGUCCAACAAAUUUUUUUUGUCGAAAUCGCAUAUUUUUAUAAUUACCUAUAACUGGCUUGCAAGAUUUGGUGUCCACCCUAGCUAUAUAACAAUACUAAUUGUGCCCCCCCCCCCAAUUUUUGUAUCAAUCAAAACAAUGCCGUAGUUCAUUGACUCAGCCGUUAGGGGGGCGAGGCCGAGAACCCAACGGCUGGAAUCUAUCCGUAAGCUUGAUGAUGAGAAUUGUACUGAACUGCCGCUCAACUUACCGCAACCACUUAUCAACACUUGUGCUCGUUUGCUCCAGACAUUAAAUACAAUGGCGCUUUUCAUUCGCUAUGUAGACACGUCCAGUCCUUACUAUCUUGGGGAAAUGAGCUUAUCUGACGCAAUAAAGGGGAAACGGAAGCGUUACGUCAUAUGGCCAUGGACACUGACUCACAGUAUGAUCUUGUUUCGUGGCAAAGUUUUCGAAUGGGGGAUCAACUACACCUACUACAUGAAUCGGAGUCCAAGUUCGUGUCAGAUCACGUGGCACUGGGGAGCCAAAGGCUUUAGCAAAUGCUCACUCAGCGACGUAGAGAGUUGGACCAGAGCUUACGGCAGAAGCAAUACAUACGACAUUCUAUCAAACAACUGUCAUAUGUUUGUUAAUCGACUGGCAAAGUACCUGAACACUAACUGCGGACGUUGAUCGUUGAUUAAUCAAAAUAUAAAUCCCUAAAUGGCUUAAAGGACAUUGAUUUUUGGAACCGACAGUUUUAAUUUGAUUAGUUUUUUAUUUUGGGGUAAAUAUAGCUUAAACAUUUUUGAUUUUACGUUGUUGGGUUUAUCUUAAUUAUGUACGGAAUGCAAAUGUUACAUGUAGAUUGUAGUAUGAAAAAUAUAUAAUCUCAGCAAAUUCUGAUUUUGAACAUAAUGUGUAUCAAGUUGGUCUCCUUAGCCUGGAAUUAGUAGUUUACGGCAGAAAAAAUACAUCUCUCAAAUAUGUGCCCAAGUUAUCUAGGAUUUUUGCCUUGGUAUAGUCCAUACAGACCGAACGCGAUUCGACAACGCGACGCGAAUUUUCAGUUUUUAAAAACAAAUAAACAUGGCCAGAAAUCACGGACAUUUGCAUUUAUCAGGUUUCAUUUUACCACACGCAUCCACGCAACAAUGGCUACGCAAUGCCCUAUGUUUAUUAUCAGGCGAGCGGAGUAUUUUCAAUAUAGCAUGCUAUAUAUAAAUCUUAGAAUAUUUUUUGAAAUUGGUUCAAGAAGUAGCGGUCGUAUAGUAACACAUUAAAAUAAAAUGUUCUCAUUACUUUGUAUAGUCGCUCUGCUUUUUGCGAUUGAAUAUUAAAACAUUUUACCUCACUUUACAUAGGAAUCUAUGAAGGUUUCUCGCUCAAACGGCAAAAUCUCGUAAUAUAUUCAAUUAUCGAAAUUUGUUGAAAUCAUUUUAUUUUGACGAAUAGUAUAGCCUUGCCUUCCGCCGUUUAUUAUUUUGUUACACCAGAUAAAAGCUCUGCUUUUUUGUUUUGAAAUUCGAAAGCCGGUGCGUUAAUAUGCAUAUCAUAUAUAUUACUUCACGGUCAAAAAGUUAUUUUUCAUUCGCUUUCUAAACUCGAAAUAUUGAUUGCCUUGCUACAUGUUUGGUACCAAAAUAAUCGUUAAAAGCUUUUCUUUUCAUUUCAGUAGUUGUUGCUUAGCUACACGCUGCGCCUGGUACACUAAAGGCCACAACUUGAGUGCAUACUUCAUGCUUUGCUUUAUAAACAACACCCACGCGAAUAUUUAACAUUCCGGAUGUUUUGACAGGGCGUAAAAGGAUAAUUAGGAAUUCUUGUGGAUAAAUAGAAAAGCUGCUGACCGACAGAUACGCUUGCACGAUGUCCGUCAUUUCUGGCCAUGACCGUCAACGGAUAAAAAUUUUAUAAGAUAUGCAGACCAAAUAGCUAAAAUUGCUUAAGUGGUUCCGAAUAUUUGAAAAACAUAGAAAACUAUUGAAGUUAAAUGUCAUUAAAAAUCGAAAAUUCGCGUCGCGUUGCCAAAUCGCGUCCGGUCUGUAUGGACCUUCAGAACAGAAUGUUCACUCACAAUUUAAAAUAAUGUCAUGGUAAACUUAGUAAUACUAUUAGAUACACCUUCUGAUCCAGUGAGCCUUCUUCAGUAUGUGAUUGGAACAAUGAUUUCUUUAUAAAGAACCUUCCAAAUGUAGUCUAGAUCUUCGCUUUUGUGGUUUCUUUCGCAGGUGUUCGGCCAGCUGGAGAAUCAUGCACUCUCUAAAAACCUAUGACAAAAUGAAAGUACUUUACGCAAAACGAAUUAGAUAUACUUUCCUCAAAUGAUGGGCGUCAGCCAAAGACUUUAAAACUCUAGACACCAGCCCAGAUAUAAAAUCUAUAAAAAACAGGCAAAUAACUUCUAAAUCUUCUAAAUAUUUUUUCAAAAGUAAUUUAACACUUACUGUAAAGAAAAAUGAUCUUAAUAAUAGG